AUGCAUCCCCGGCGGCUCGCCAACGAACAUGCGCUGCAGCAUCUUCUCCGUGACCCAGAGAUUCUUCGAGUAACCGAUAAAGUAGGUCCCGAAUUCAGACUUCCCCGGCGAUCCAAAGGGCAUAUUGUCUCGGACGAUGGCAUGCUCGUCGCCUUCCAUCUCGAUCGUGGCGAGGGACUUGUGCGACUGUUGCGACUGGGCAGGCGCAUCGUCAAGCUCAAUAUUGUCCAGCUUUGUCCGCCCGAUGAUGGCUUCUUGCGUUUCAGUCCGCAGGGCCUGCCACCCGUCCAUAUCGUGGAGGUACUUCUGGACGACGACGUAGCUGCCCCCCGCCGAGUCUGGUUCGUCCUCUUGAGUCACGAAGGCUGCCUCCGAGGCUUCGGGACCGACGGGAUUCGCCGUGCCAUCGACGAAUCCCAGAAGAUCGCGGGCGUCAAAGUAUCGGAAUCCGACAGUCUCGUCAUCCACCGUCACGGCACUGCCCAGACGCUGCAUCAGCUGCCUCUCAAACUCAAAACACAGGUCCCUCCUGUCGGCCCUGAUGUGGAAGAACACGGCCGUGUGUUUUGCGCCGCGGAUCUCCUGGAACGGAUGCAGCUCCUUCGGCUGUGGCAGACUGGUCAAGCGACUCCAGAUGGAACUGCCAAUGCCAACAGUGCAGCUGAGCCUGCCAUCCGGAUGUCGGAUGGAGAUGUUCUUAGUGAUGUCACUGAUGCUGGAUAG